AUGAAUGCAGUUGUAUGUGAGAAUUGCGGCCAACUUCACUAUUCAUCCUAUGAUAGGGUGGAACUGGAUUACGGUGUACGAGUGGAAUUUGAGUCAGGGGGAAAUGAGGAGUUUGAGAACAGGAUGGCAUUCAUCAACAACGAGGCAAUGGUGAGUGUGAGGAGGAAGGGGGAGUUAGUGAUGGAAUUUAAGUGUGAGAAUGCGUACGUUGAUUCAAUGAGUACCUUGGUUUACAGGAUGAUUUGUCUGGCUGAGAGCAUGGAAGGAGGAGAGGAAAGCAAGGCACUACGAAAGUGCAUUGAGACGUUGAAGCAGGUGGCAGAAGAUGGCGUGGUUGAGAUACGGGUGGAUGAUAGGAGUGGAUACAGCAGAAUAUGCAGGCAGAAUAUUGAGUAUACUGAAAUAGAGGAUGUUGAGGUAGAAGACUUGGAGGAAGAGAGGUGUGUGAGAUACGAGAAGUAUUCGACUAAGAAAGAGGGGAAUGGAGUACCAGAUGAGAUCAUGGAAGAGAUGAAGGUGAAAAUGGAACAAUAUGAGAAUGAAAUAUAG